CCCAAGUCCCCCAGCGCCCCCGCCGCUCCCACAGCAGUGAAGGCGUGAAGGCAGGCCGUGUUUCAGAUACUCUCGGCUGGUAAUCUCGGCAAAAAGAGAGCACGUGUGUACGUCAGUAGAGCGGGCUUCCUUUCUUUCCUUCUCUUCGGCGACGAUGGCGCCUAGGAACGACCUCGUGGAUCGCUUGAGAUCCUCCAGCAACUUGAGGCAACCAACCCCAACAGAGGCAGCGUGGUUUAGUCUCCAAGCCCGCGACGGGAAGGGUAGUGUCCCAGCGGUCGAUUCAGCUGCUCGUGCACCAGUGAGACCCAGAUGCGCGUCUUUGUCUCUCAUCCUCCGUGAGGUGGACGGCAAGGUGGAAAUGUUGGUGAUCAAGAGGGCCGCCAGUCUUAGAGACAAAUGGAGUGGGCACAUCGCUUUACCGGGAGGGAGACAGGAGGCUGGAGAAACUGAACUCCAGACGGCCGUGCGAGAAUGCCAAGAGGAGGUUGGGAUCUCCUUGAUGUCUAGUCGUUUCGCUCUUCUGGGGAGACUCAAGGACUCCAAGACAAGCACCGGCAAAGACGCGCUCACAGUGUCUUGUUUCGUCUUCGUGCAGACCGCCAAGUCGGAUAUACCCGUCACCAUCCAGGAGUCAGAAGUGGCCUUCGCUUGGUGGGUGGACACAGCAAUCUUCUUCCCCGACCCUACCCCGCGAGAGGUUGGCUUCGCUGUCACCAGCAUGGUCAAGGCUGCGCGGAAGCCGCACUGGAAGGCGCUGACGUGGUUGUUCGGGGCAAAUACCAUCUUCUUUCCCUGCUUCUUCCUUCCUCCACCGUCGCUGUCGGGACAGCAGCAGUCUCUAGUUGACGACUCCACGAUUGACGUUCCAACCCCGGUGGAGUACCCCCUGGAUGCGAAAACGUUUGUAAUGUGGGGGCUGACGUUUGGUGUUGUUUCUGACCUCGUCGUGGCCGGUGGCGGGCGCGGGUUUGCCCACCACCAACCUCCGUACUUCCGGUUCCACAGCGUCCGGGCGGACUCAGUCGUAGAUAUGUGUUGCAGGAUUUGGAGAUGGCUCUGGAAUCUCAGGCGGGCUCUUUCUUCUUCUUUCGCGACGUUGCGCCUUCGCCAGUGAUGGUCUAGAAGCUUCUACGGAGACCACGCCAAAUUCAUUGAUUGUCCCGAAAGUCGUCGUGUGAAGCCAAGACGCUUUGGACAAAUGGCCUCGUCCGCUCGACAAGAUGGUGGGGUUGCAGCGAUGAUGCAGGCUGUACGAUUGUUCAAUCCUCAGGCCUUGGUACGCGUGAGCGUCUACGCCCCAGGAGGCACUAAUCAACACAAACUUGCCGAGGGCGUGCAAGUUCGUGUCCAAGACGGCCGACGGAGGGAUUUCUCACGCCGGGGUUAGGCAACAACAAGUGCAUGGUUCGGAGUUCCGGACUGAACAGCAUCGGAAAAGACGCUUUUGUUGUGGGGCGGUAAAACGCCGAGAAUAGAAACUUUGUAUCGGCUUCUUGGAGGAACUCCCAGUGAAACAAUCAGCAGCGCACUAGCGAUUUGAAAGUUUGGUGGCGUGCCGAGAAUUCACGCAACACACAAUGCGUGUCGUAGUCGUUGCAUGAUUCAAUCGAGGCAGGUAGAGCAGUUCAACACCAGUAAAACAAAUGUAAUUAGAUAUGAUAGCGGUGGUUUGUGGCUUGACCUACAUUGCUUUGCCAAGAAACACAAAGGACACGCACAAGCUGACACACGACCUUAAAAAAAAAGCACUUCUCACGACAACCCCGUUGCACCCGCAUCGAGUAAAGAACUAACGCAAUACACAGGACUACAGCAAUUGAACAAAAAUGGGGUGGUGAUUUUUUCCAGAUUCACGACGCUCGAAGACACCCCCUCGCUUUGUACUCUCUUUGUACUCUCGCUGCUCUUCACAACAUCACCGAACUCUAGCCAUAUAUGGCGUCAAAAGGCCGAUGACUCGAGAAUCGGCGACAGUAUGACGGAAACUACGGACACACGUGGUGUUGUCAAGAGUGCAAAUAUACGGUUAAGCUCCAGCUAACAUAGCAUAACACAACACACACACACGAUCUUUCGGCCGCGAGCCCAAACUCGACAUAUUCUUACGACUAGGAUCCGUUAGAAAGUCCCGCAAACCUCAUCCCGUGGAUCUCAUCUUGUCCGAAAGCUCCAUGCGCCCUACGAUAACACGCGGUGAACGGUCCAAAGUGUGCUGUUGCAUCCCUCCCCUCUUGCACUGCUGUCACAAAACAAACAACGUUUGCGGCAUUCGGCCGUUUUGAUGCCUAUGAAAGCUAAGCGUUGUCUCCCAACCCGCACGUGUAACCAUCAACUGCAGAACCUGAGGGUUAAGACAUGUACCGGUUCCAUGGCGCCGCCAAAAGCCCAAUCCCGCAAAACGCCUCUCAGCUGCCUUCUGCACCCAGUCGCCUUCAUCCUAGCCAGCGUCGCACACAAUCAGUCGAAGCAGCAAGUGGUGGAGAAUCCUUACCCUUCCAACAAGCGCCAUGACCCCUCUCACACGCGAAGGCCCCAGCAUCACGUUUCCUUGGUUCCAUACGAACGCCUGCGAGCAUGCUCUCCUGUGUCUCUCCUUUCAUCCAGAUAAUGAGGUGUUGAAAGGGGGGGUUCAACUUCCCUGUCUAUCAGCGUACACUGGCUCCUUCACGCGUGCAGUACCAGCGCAAGUUGCGUCUUACAAAAAUCUCCCGUGCUACAGGGGGCCCGAAGAGCACACCGCGCCUCCAUAUAUAGUAUACCUUGAGCCGCGUCUGCCUCGUCCCAGCGCAGCAGCUCGCUCUCAGUCGAGCUUCAACACUCCUUCAGGCCCAAUGCCUCCAUCUAUGCAGAGAGUGAAGCCUCCAGUUCUGAUGCGCGACUAUGUAGCAUGCCCGCCCCCCGUGCUCGCUGAUGCCAAAAGCACUUCUCAGGUCGCGUGAGAGUGCCUUCCAGCAUUUGACGGGUCCACCAUCGGCGGUGCACUUUCACGGAACCCCCCCCCGCCACCCGGGGGUGGGGUCGUUGCCAUCCCCGCUCCCGGCAUAGGCCUUGUCCGAAGUCGCAUGUUCGCGUUCACCGGCCCCGGUCGCCC